UUAAGUAGACCUUUUACAAAGUUUUGUUUUUUGUCUUUUCACACCAUGUGAAAUGUGUAUUGCAAGGUUCUAUAAUUAUAAGUUAACUUCGGUUAUAGAGUUAUCAGCGUAGCUAAGGAAAAUCUUCACCUACAAGGAUACCCGGAUGCUGUAUCUAAUGAGCUAUAUAAUGAUAACCGUAGUCAAGCCAUGCGAAUAUCACUUAAGCACACAAACAUAAUGAAAAGAGCACCUGUAGAAAUUUUUAAACAUGUUAUAGAAAAGAAACAAAAAAUCCAAAAUGUUUUUUUCUUAUGUCUGUAAGCUAAAUUGUUUUUCAGAUUUUAUACAGUAAAAUUUUUAAAAAAUGUAAUUUUCAAGGUUUAUAAAAAACAAAUGUUUCAGCAAUUUGUUGCAGGUAUUAAACGAUUUUUUUUCUGGCAAAGUUUGAAAAAUGAAUGUGUUAUAUGAGAGUGCAAAAAUUGUCGACUCGUUCAAUGAUCUAAACCAUUUGCUUAUAUUCAGGCUACAAAUAUAACCUGGAUAUUUCAGAAUUAUUUUGAGAAAUGAUUCUACUACACAUUUAAACAGUCGUGGAUAUGACGCGAAUAUGUGCAAAAACACACAAUGAUAUAUGUCUCUUAGUGUUUUUAACAUAGCUCAAUUUGAAUGCCAAGGCAAAAUCAUCAAUCUUGGUUUGAGAGGGGUGAGUUAUGUCCUAUACAAUCACUUUUUAUUUGGUUUCGCCAGAAAAAAAAUUUUUAAUUCUAAUUGGCCAUGUUUCCAAAAUCGCAUCUGAAACCUUAAAGGGAAGUACCUUGAACCCCAUCUUAUUUCGAUGUGAUGGAAUAUAGGGCGGCAUUGGUUACACAAAUGUUAUUGGAAAUGAAUUUUCGGAAAAACAGAUAGAGUUAAUCUAUAAUUGUACAACAUGUUAAUAGCAGCAUAUUUUUGUAGCUUUAGAUAUGAAGUAUUUGGUACAAUUGAUGAUUUUUACUAGCUGUCAAAUAAUUCAUGGUAUUUUGGAAUGGACAGUUGUUGGAAAGGUUACAGAUUAUGGACAAAAUGUAACAUUAUUUUGCAAUGUUUCAUACUGCUGCCCAAAAGAUGCAGGAUGGGAUAGGUGGACUCCGGUUCAAAGCACACUCUAUAUAGAUGUUAAAACAGGACGACCCAAUGGAAAAUAUGAUGGAAAGGUUUUAAAAGAUGGAUACACCUUAAUUAUACAAAAUUUGACAAAACAAGAUCUAAAUGUCUCAUAUUCUUGUUUGUAUGGCGUGACAUUAGGCGAAAGGAAAUUUCUGCUUGAAGAGGAUGUUUUCAGGGAUGAAAUUACUAUACAACCAAAACGUCCCACUAGUAACAAUAGAUUUACUGAUGGAGAAAUUGCUGGUAUUAUACUUGGAGUUGGUCUUCCAGUAGCAGUGACAAUUGUGUUUGUCAUUAUCUAUUUUUCUAAACAAAGACAAAAAAGGCACAGAAACACUAUUGAAAGUAUUGAAGAUGCAGAUGUAGAGGAAGACGAGCUACUAAUAAGAACUAACGAGAUUUAUUCGAAUAUAUCUAAUUUGCACCCAUCUACAUACAAUACCAUUCGCAUGGCGACCUCUGCAAGAUCUGGAAGUAAAAAUAAAUCAGAUCGUAACCCGUCAAAUGGAUUUCAAACGGAAAGUGAAUAUACUGACGAACUGAAAUGUAAAUCAACAGUUAUAUGUGAGAAGACAAAAGUCGAUGAAGAGAUAGAAAAUGGUAUUCGUAUAGAAAAGCUUUUCCACAUUACAAACCUCGCUGUGAUUCAGAAAAUUAAAGAGAAAAUACUAGAUACAAAUAUGGAAAAGACUCAUUUGGAUACUCCUGAAAACUUUGUAAAUUCAUUGUCUAAGGAUCAAAAAGAUUCCAUUUAUCGCACAAGAGAUGAUUAUGUAAUCACAUCGUCAAUGGAUUAUGAUUUUGUUCUACUGCUACGUUUUUGGUUAAGUUCAAAUGGACAAGAAGUUCCAACGAUUCAGUUUGACACGACUCCGUCUAUAGAUGAUAAAAGUAUACAAGCUGAUCUAUCUAGAUUCUUUUUGGCGAGGAAACGUUAUAAUGAUCCACUGAAAAAGAUUUCAGCAAUAGAAUUUAAUGUUGUAUGGAGAUGUGUUUAUAGGGCCGUUGUUAGACUUGGUGGUAGUGAUUUCGAAGAAAAAUGCACUAGAAUUCUUCGUCCGCUUACAAGUCAAACAUCUAGAGAGAUGCAAAAAGCUAACCAGCAUGUUAUAGGAGCCAUCCUUCAAGAUGAAGAAAAAAAGAUUUAUGAGCCAAGCAGUUGUCCAUGUCAAGAUUUGCACAAACUAGAAAUAGGGACCUGGAAAAAGACAACAGACAUUAUCAACACCAAAUAUGUUAUAUCCGACUUGCAAACACAGUUUGAAGAUUCAUCAUGUCUGGCACUGGUAGGAACAGAAAAUGAGGAAGUAACCGCUAUGUUACAUCAUAUUGCACUUGCCUUUUUAGAGCGCAAUAACUGUUAUGUUAUUAUCCCUAUCAAAACACCAGUUGAACUGGUACAUCACUAUAAGGUUGAUAGGAAGCAAUUGUUUGUUCUAGAAGAUGCUUGUGGUCGGCUAUUUCCCAUGCAAGAGUCUGUUCGGUAUUUGAUCGAACACGACAGUAGUUUCAAAACAAUGUUACAGGCAAAAAAGACAAAAAUAUUGAUUUCUUUCACCGCACGCGUGUACUGGAAAACUGAUUUUUCGAAAACUGAUUCGUUCUUCAGUAAAUAUAUUCAGGAUUUAGCACCCGAUUAUGCAAGUCAACUUGUACCGCAGCAAAUUGUUAACACCGUUGAAUUUGAAAAUUCUUUAAGAGAACAAUUGGAUGACUGGUUUUUAAAUGAUAAGUCAAAACAUUGUGCAUUGUUUGCAAUUACAAUAAAUAAUGGUUGUAUAAGCAGUUCAUGUUUUAAAAAACAUGACAUUCAACUGGAAACCGAUAAAAUUCGACAAAUUUUAGAAAAAUAUUCACUCGACUGUGUUCAAGUGAGAACCAGCUUAUCGGAUCAUCCCGGAACUUAUGUUUUAAAAGAUGGGGAUAAGUACAAAAUUUCAAAUCCAAUGAUGUUACAUUUUCUUUGUUGUUACUUCUGUGCACACAAGAAUAUGCAAGAUUUGUUCUUGCAGUUGGCUGAUGAAAAGGUCUUUUAUGAAAAAUUGGUGAUACAAUGUACUCAAGAAACACUUGGGAAAUACUUCAUUUCUGUAAAUAUCUCGCAGGAGGAACGUUAUUUCAGGCGAAUACUUGAUGAUGUGUCUCAAAAAUACUACAAUGUAUUUUAUUGCAGACAAAUGCAAGUUCCUGCAUUUAGACAAAAACUGAGUGAUCAAUUCACUAAAAAGGGUAAGGAUUGGAUAAUUGGUAUGAUAAAUACAAAAGACCUACAAGAAAUCGCUACCAACGGACAAUUUCAGGGGUCCCCAUUAGCAAUAGCAUGUAGUCAAGGCUAUGAAGAGCUUGUUACCUUUAUGUUACACCAUGUAGAGCAAAAUGUCAAGGAUAAAAUAGUUUCAGCUCUGUUCAGGAUUACAGUUGGUCAAGGGUACCCUUUAUCAGUAGUAAGACUGUUGAUAAGUGAUGCCAAUGUGAAUAUUGUUUGGGAUGAUUCAUGGACCGCUUUAAGUGCUGCCUGUCAACGAGGAAAUCAGGAUGUCGCAAACCUUUUGAUUGAAGCAGGGUCAAAUGUCGAUAAAGUUGAUGCAUUAGGAACUACCCCAUUAAUGUUAGCAUGCUACAAGGGUUUAUAUGAAACAGUACAAUUGAUAAUACAAAGAGAGGUAGACAUCAACAAGUUAAGCAAAAGCAAAAUGUCAGCUCUAAAAUAUGCAUGUAUCAGUGGACAUGAAAAUAUAGUUUCAUUACUUCUAGACAAUGAAGCUCACACUAGCACGGUUUACGGAGAUGGAAGGACACCACUUGUUAUAGCGUUUGAGGAAAGGCAAGAUCGUAUUAUUUCAUUGUUAAAAAACAAAGGUUUCGAAGUCGAUACGAAAGAUGCAUCCGGUAAGACAGCCUUAGCCAUGGCGUGCAUUAAUGGAGAAAAAGGGACAGUACAAAGUCUUAUCAAAUUAGGAGCAAACUUGAAUUCCCGUGACAAUGAAGGAUGGGUGCCGCUUAGUCGAGCUUGUAAAAGAGGAGCAGAAAGCAUUGUUAAAGUUCUUUUAAUCGAAGAAACAUUAGACCUUAACAUGGCAGACAAUGACGGAUGGACACCUUUGAAAAUAGCAUCUUUGAAUGGGCACAGUAAAGUUGUUAAUAUCUUGUUGAAUACGCAUAAACUUGAAAUUGAUCAUGCUGACAAUGAUGGAUGGACUCCACUUAUGUCAAGUUGUCAAACGGGGCAUGAAAAGGUUGCAAAACUGCUUAUAUGUGGAAAUGCAGAUGUAAAUUAUAGGAGUAAAGAAGGAAUAACGCCACUCAUGACUGCAAUUCAGAAUGAUCAUAUUGCUGCCAUUAAUUUACUUCUUGAAAACAAUGCAAACGUUGAUCUUGAUGAUAAUGAUGGGUGGACACCACUUAGAGUUGCGUGUAACAAUAACAGAUAUAAUGCUGCUGACCUUCUUCUUCCGAAAAAUCCUGAUGUCGAUAAACCUGAUAAAAAAGGUUACACACCCCUUAAAAUAGCAUGCAAGAAUGGAUCUUAUAAAAUGUCCUCACUUCUCAUCAAUGCAGGAGCAGAAGUAAACAGGAAAGACAAGGACGGUUGGACACCUCUCAAAACUGCAUGUAAGGAAGGCCAUUUAAAGAUAUGUACAUUACUUAUGUCAAAUGAAGCGGAUAUUAACAUACCAGAUUUACAAGGUUGGACACCACUUAAAACUGCGGCUGCGAACGGACAUACGGAAAUCGUCGAAUGCCUUUUGAAGAUUGGAGUCAUUUUGGACAAUCAAGAUAACGACGGCUGGACGGAACUCAUGUCAGCAUGUCAGUCUGGUAACGAAGAAAUUGCAAAACUCCUCGUAGAAAACGGCUCAUGUGUAAACCACCAGAGUGUGAAGAAAUUAACCCCAUUGAUUGCAGCAUGUCAAAAUAACAAGAGUAAAGUAAUGUCGUUUCUUAUCAAGAAUGGAGCAAAUGUCAAUGUGUUUGAUGUUGACGGAUGGACGCCGUUACAUUUCACAUGUUUGAGAGGACACCUAAAAGCCUCAGAAAUUCUAAUUCAGAAUGGGGCUGAUGUUAAUAAAGCUGACAAAAAAGGAUGGACUCCCCUGAAAAUUGCAUGUAGAAAUAAAAAAGCCAGCCUUGUUGAGAUCCUAAUUAUUGCCAAAGCUGAUGUUAAUUUGGUAGAUAAUGAUGGUUGGACUCCUCUGAAAACUGCAUGCAGGGUAGGCGAUGAAGACACAGUAGAAUUGCUUUUGAAUAAUAAUGCAGACAUGAACAAAGAAGACGAAGAGGGAUGGACGCCACUGAAAAGUGCUUCUGUCAAUGGACAUUAUCAAAUUGUCAAGAAACUAUUGAUGAAAAACGCAGAUAUUAACAAGGUUGAUCAUGAAGGAUGGACACCAUUAAUGUCAGCAUGCAAAGUCGGAAUAGUCAAAGUCGCCAGUGUUCUAUUAGAAUACGAGACAGAUGUCAAUUGUUAUAGUGAAUCUACAGGGGACACUCCUUUAAUCAUAGCAUGUACAUAUAGUGAUGCAGAAAUUAUUGAGUUGUUGCUGAAAAAUGAUGCAGAUUGGAAAAGGCAAAACAAUAUUGGACAAUCUGCUCUUUUACUUGCUUGCAUGUAUGGGAAAACUCAAAAUGUUUCGAAGUUACUUGAUCAUAGAGUUGAUACAGAUGUAACAGACAAGAAUGGUAUAAGUCCGUUAAAGGCUGCAUGCCAAGGGCUGUACCUUGAAAUUGUUGAAUUAUUGAUAAAAGCUGGAGCCAAAAUCAAUAUUGUUGACAUGAACGGCUACACUCCGCUAAUAAGCGCUUGUGAAACACAAAACAAUCAACUUGUUGAACUGCUUAUCCGUAAUGAAGCAGAUGUAAAUAUAUCUGCUCGAGAUGGAUGGAACCCUUAUCUCAUCGCCAUUAAAAACAGUGAUGAUGAAAUUGCAAACCUUCUUAUUGAGAAUGGAGCUGACAAAAGCAAGGCAACUUUAUUAAAAGCGUGCGAAAUCGGGCAUCUUCCUAUAAUUCAAUGUUUACUAGACCAAGGUCGCAGUAUUGAAUCGAUAGAAAAAGGUGUUAUGACUCCAUUAAAAAUGGUGAUUGAAAAACGACAAUUUGUUGUUUUGGAUUUAUUUAUAAAGAAUAGAAGAACAUUUGAACUUGACCAUUUAAUGUUAAAGGACCUCAUUGACGAGUUCGACGAAGAAGGUUUAUCUGCUCUAGCUAAAGCAUGUAAAGAUGCAAAUACGGAAACAUUGAUGUAUUUACUCGAGCAAGGAGCUGAUAUAUUUCAACCAGACAAAAUGGGGAGUUCUCCUUUGAUAUAUGCAUGUUUGAACGGAAACAAACAAAAUGUUGAUCUACUCCUAGAAAAAUUCGUUGACAAUAAUAGCAAAAUAGCCCUUGACUCUUGCAGAAGUUACCUUAACAAAGCGGACAAAGACGGAUACACACCUUUAACAGCAGCAGCAAGCCAAGGACACGUGCCAUUGAUAGAGUUGCUCAUAUUAAACGGAACAGACGUGGACAAAUUGGAUGACCGUGGUAAAGCACCAAUUAUGUAUGCUUGUGAAAGAGGAGAUUUGCCCACAGUAAAAUCGUUAGUUUCUAAAGGAGCCAGUAUUACUAUUGUUUCUGAUAAGACAUGUUCACCUUUUAUAUUGGCAAAACAAGCAAACGCAUGGGAAAUUGUUGAUUAUCUUAUUGAAAUGGGAAUUAAAUUAAACCAUGAAGAUCUACUAAGUAUCAGUACUAAUGAAUCCGGUAAUGAAAAGAGAUGCGAGAAUGAUGUUUUUACAAUGGCUUGUAAAAACGGAUACAAAGCAUUGGUUGAAUUAAUCAUUGAUGACAAACAAGCUGAUUUAAAUUCUCCUGAUUGCGAAGGGUUAACCACUUUGAUGCAUGCCUGUAAGAUGAACCAAACGAAAAUAAUAGAGAUCAUUGUUACAAAAGGUAUUGACAUAGAUUUCGCAACAUUGGACGGAAAAACGGCUUUGAUGUUUGCAUGUGUCGAAGGCCAUACAGACAUUGCUAAAAUAUUAUUAAAACAUGAUGCUAAUGUGAAUAAGAGUGACAACUCUGGGUUAACUUCUCUGAUGAUUGCUUGUGAAAAGGGUCCACUAUCAAGCAUAAAACUAUUGCUUCAUUUUAAAGCUGACAUGAACAUGAAAUCGGUUGUAGGAAUAUCUGCCUUUGAGAUCGCCUGUUACGCUAAAAAUUAUGAAAUAGUAGAUUAUCUUGUUAGUCAAGGACUGUAUGAUCCUUUGGAAUACGAUAUCCGAACAUUACUAGACAGUACACCUACUUAUGGGAAAGAACUGAUACAAAUGGUCUGUAAGAGUGGCUAUCAAUCAAUAUUUAACAUUUUAAUUGAAAGUGAAGAUGAAAUCGAUACGGCUGAUGUUGAUGGCAAUAGUCUGCUCAUGCUAGCAAGUCAAUGUGGACACGAUGGCAUCAUCGAGAACCUGCUGAAAAGAGGGGCAAAUAUAAAUAACAAAAACCAAAUUGGACACACUGCCCUCAGAAUGGCAUGCCAGGGGGGUGUUACAAGAUCCGUGAAAAUACUAUUAAAGAAUGAUGCACAACCAAAUAAAACUGACGAGGAAGGUAGAACUCCCUUAAUGAUUGUUAGUCAAUGCGGCUGUCUCGAUGUAGUGAAACUGUUAAUACAACAUAACGCCGACCUCAAUUUGAGUGAUAUGAAAGGCACAUCAGCUCUUAUUCUUACCUCACAACAGGGACAAUUUGAAACUGCAGAAUAUUUAAUAACCAAAGGGGCAGACGCAGGUAAGUGUGACAACAAAGGCUUGAAUUCCUUGAUGGCAGCAUGUCAAAAUGGUCAUUUUUCGAUUGUUCGUUUGAUUGUCAAAAUGAAAAUAGAUCUAAACUCCAGCGAUAUUAACGGAUAUACACCACUUAGAUUUGCCUGUGAUGGUGGUCAUAACGCCAUUGUCGUUUUUCUUAUUCAAAAUAAAGCAGAAAUAGACAAGGAUGACACAAAAUGUUGGACCCCGUUGAAAUCAUCGUGUAGAAAUGGAAGCAUUUCAACUGUAAAAUUGUUAUUGAAAAAGAAAGCAAAAGUAAAUAAACAAGACAAAGAUGGAUGGACUCCCCUUAUGUCUGCUUGUGAAAAAGGUCAUGUUGAUAUCGCUGAACUACUCCUUAAAUACAAAGCAGAUAUUGAAAUGACAGAAACUGAUGGUUGGACAGCUUUACGAAUCGCUUGCAAUAAUGGACAGGCAUCAACAGUGAAAUAUUUAGUGUCAAAGGGGGCAAAUGUUAAUAAAGUUGACAAAGAGGGAUGGACUCCACUGAAAGCCGCAUGUGUGGGUGACCCUACAAACAGAUUGGAUUGUGGAAAGAUUAUAGGAGUUCCAGAAGAAUGUAAGGAUACCUCAUCAUUUGAUUCAGAUUCAAGUAAGAAAUACGAAGAGAUAGUUAUGUAUUUGAUCCAGAAUGGUGCCGAUGUCAAUUUAGUAGAUAAAGAUGGACGGACAUGCUUAAUGUCAGCCUGUAAAGGUGGCCACAUUGAUCUUGUCAAUCUUUUAGUCAGCAACAUUAGCGAUAUCAACAAAGCUAAUAGUAAAGGAUCAACAGCAUUUAAAAUCACUUGCAGAAUGGGUCAUACAAAGGUCGCAAAAAUACUUUUGAAUCAUGGGGCCGAUAUCAAUAAAGCGGACAGUGAUGGUUGGACACCUUUGAAAAUUGCCUGUAAAGCUGGACACAAGGAUACAGUUAAAAUGUUACUUUGUAACGAAGCUCAUGUUAACAUUGAAGACAAAGACGGAUGGACAGCACUGAUGUCUGCCUGUCAAAAGGGUCAUGUUGAUAUCGCUGAACUACUCCUUAAAUACAAAGCAGAUAUUGAAAUGACAGAAACUGAUGGUUGGACAGCUUUACGAAUCGCUUGCAAUAAUGGACAGGCAUCAACAGUGAAAUAUUUAGUGUCGAAGGGGGCAAAUGUUAAUAAAGUUGACAAAGAGGGAUGGACUCCACUGAAAGGCGCAUGUGUGGGUGACCCUACAAACAGAUUGGAUUGUGGAAAGAUUAUAGGAGUUCCAGAAGAAUGUAAGGAUACCUCAUCAUUUGAUUCAGAUUCAAGUAAGAAAUACGAAGAGAUAGUUAUGUAUUUGAUCCAGAAUGGUGCCGAUGUCAAUUUAGUAGAUAAAGAUGGAUGGACAUGCUUAAUGUCAGCCUGUAAAGGUGACCACAUUGAUCUUGUCAAUCUUUUAGUCAGCAACAUUAGCGAUAUCAACAAAGCUAAUAGUAAAGGAUCAACAGCAUUUAAAAUCACUUGCAGAAUGGGUCAUACAAAGGUCGCAAAAAUACUUUUGAAUCAUGGGGCCGAUAUCAAUAAAGCGGACAGUGAUGGUUGGACACCUUUGAAAAUUGCCUGUCAAGCUGGACACAAAGAUACAGUUAAAAUGUUACUUCGUAACGAAGCUAAAGUUAACAUUGAAGACAAAGACGGAUGGACAGCACUGAUGUCUGCCUGUAAAAAUGGGAAUAAGGACAUCGUACAGUCACUUCUAGAAAACAAAGCUGAUGUUGAAUAUACAGCUCAUGAUGGUUCUACAACGUCAAUGUAUAUUGCAAAACGUUUGGGCCAUAGGCAGAUAGAAAAAUUGCUUAAAAGAACAUUGGAAGGCUCACUUACAGGUGGUAAUGAGGACGAUGAACAGGGAGAUGACGAAUACGACGAAGCAUCUAGCAGAGGGUUUUGGCGAAUAUAAUUGCCCUUCCGGCAAAGUUUUUCUGACGACGGUGAUAAAGAUGAUGUCGAUGAAAGUAUAAACUUAGCGCCUUCUUGAUUUAUUAGCGUCGAUGUUAGAAAAUGAUGAUAGUCCAUGUUGUCCUGUUUCGUAGUCGCUUAAUAUAAGGUUUAAAGCAGUUUGUAACAUGGAUUCCAUUAUCAUAUAUAUCAAAAACAACUACUAUUUUAAUCAUUUAUGUACCAAAAAUUGAUUGUAAUUGUUUACCUACAUUUUUCAUGUAUACUUUUUAAUAUAUGUGUAACUGUACAUAUAAAGGUUUUAUAUUAAUGAUAGACUUGUUCAACCUACGCAUAGAGGAUUUUAUGGAUGAAUAUGUAUGUAAACAUUAUAAUUAUGACUUGUAAGUAGUAGUCUUUAAACAUGUUAAACGAUCAUGCAAAAUCAGGUUUUUAAGAUUCAUAGCAUAAAAAACUGUAAAAUGUAUUUUUGACAUGAACAAAAUGGGUUUAAAGGUACGGAACGGGUAAUAUUUUUCUGUUUCCGCCUUACUAAUACAGAUAAAAACCACUUUUUUAAUUGAAACUUAUUGGAGUUUUCUCCCAAACCUGUUUUUACGAUGCUUUCAAUAGAAUUUUUAUGUUAUUUUGUAAUGGUCAAUAUGAAGUGUAAUACAUGAAUUUCAACAUACCUUUAAAUCCUAAAUAAGAUCUCAAAGUAUUUCAUCUGUAGUCUUUCAGUAAUGAAUUGUGUUUGAUAGAUUUUAAAAAGGGCUGAUAUUUAGAGCAUUGUAAAAUGCUGUUAUAUGGCAUACAUGUAUACUGUAGAAUUCUUUUAUUUUUGGGGAAUGAAGAAAGUGUAUUUUCAUUUUUUUUAAUAUAUAUAUAUAUAUAUAUUUGUUUUGUUGUUGUUUUUUUUUUUGUUACUGUUAUCCCUGUUUCACAUAUGUUCACUUAAUUAAGACCUUUGGACAUAACGUCGUACAACCGACUCUAGUCGUUUUGUUUUAAAACCGACGUGUACGAUCGUGCAUCUCAUAUUACGCAAGGAAGGACGGAUUUUUUUGAUCCAAUUGUUUUUUUAACUUUUUGAUUGAAAAAGGCUGUACCGUGUUUUGGUUUAACGCAUAUUGUCAAAAUCUUUCAUCACAAUUAAAAUGUUAAAAUACAUUUUCAUUAUGUCAUACUACUUUGAACAGAAUAUCUAUUUAGUUCCUGUUUGGCAUAUAAUAUGACAAUUACACAGAUAAUACAAAAGAAAAAUUACCUAUAGAUAGAAUGUGCAAUUCUAAAAAAAAACAAAAAUUGAAACAUUAAAAUGAAUAUUAAAACCCUUAUUAAUCAAGUAAUCUUUCCAUUAUAUAUCAACUAGUUUCUGAAAACAAUUAAAGAUUUUUGCUUAUUAUUGAAAAUAAACUUAACAUCAUAGAAAGCUUUGUCGUGUGAUGUUUAUUAUUUAAGAAAAAGGGAAAAAAAAGCCUGUCAAUUUAGUCUAAAAUGUACAAAAAAAACUUAAAUAAAUUCAGGAAUUUUCAGAUAGGUAAAUACAUCUCGAUACGAACUGCAAGUCUACAGUGGUGCUUGAUCGUAUAUGCUGGGUUUUUGAACAACAUGAUGCAGGUCGGUUGUACAGUGAACACAUCAAACCUUCGGGUCCUCGAUUGUCUUUUGUUUCUAUCGAAGGGGAAAGGUGUGUAGUUUAUUGCGUUAUUGUUAUCUGGGUUUAUCAAUUGUAACGAAUGAAUAUGUAGUAUCUAUUAAAUUUGAUAACAUCGAAAAGCAAAGUGAAAAGUUUUAUAGAUAUAUAUAUAUAUUGACAAUGGUAAUCUUAUUGUUUAGCAAAUUCCUACUUUUUGUAGUUAUAUAUAGUUGUAUAACAAGAUAAAUAUUCGCAAUAACAAAAUUUAUUAAUGAUAUGUAGUACACGAAUGUUAAGAAAAAAGCAAUUUGAAAGAAAACAAUAUGUAAUGAUUCAUUUUUAUUGUUUUAUUGGUAACUGGGGAAAAGGAGAAGGUUAAACAAGUUUCAUAGUAGAAGAAAUAUUAAUAACAUAAUAUUUAUGCAUGUAGAAUAUUUUAUAUUAUAAAAUAAUAUUUUGUAAGUUCAUCAAUAACCAGAAUUAAAUUUACUAAAUACUUAUAUUAUAUUUAUUUGAUAUU